AUGUCCACGUACACUCUCUACUUUGGCAACAACGGCGCUACCGUUUCUGCUCCAGUCGUGUCCAUGACUGCUGUUCCGACAACCACUCCUACCCCAACCAGCGCCAAAAGCACCGCCGAAACAACCAAAUCCACGUCCAAGCCCGCGAAAUCUCAGUGCUCGAAGAAGCACACUUCCGCACGCGUCUCAGGCGCUUCGGCCCCGGCCGCCACUGGGGCGUCAGCAUCCGUCGGCAAGAAGAACUCGUCCUCAGCUUCGUCCAGCACGGCGACAUCGGUGUCACAGCAAAACACUGUCUUCCCGACGGUGGCACCUGCGUCCCCGACUGCGGCUUCACAGAGGCUGCUGAACAAUGGUUCGCAAGUAGCGCCGCACAAUCUGAUUAACCGUGUCGACGACCUGGUCAAGACCUUCCACGGCAUCACGGGUCGCAAGGCUCGCCAGGUCGCGCUGAUUCUCAACAAUCAGACUAACGUGGUGGCCAAUGCAUCGCGCACCGAGACCAUACUCUCGCAUCUCGCCGAGGCAUACCCAGGCAACAGCACGGCCUCGCUCAACUCGACCGCUCCGAUGCAGACCGUGCCGAUCACGGAACAUAACGAUGCAUCGGUGGGUGGAGCCGAGAAGACGGUGCACGAGUUUGUGAUCCAGGCGGGCCGCUCCAACAUCACGCUGCUUUCCAACGUGGCGGGAUAUGGCCCUGCUCAGGUGCGCCACGACCUGCGCGUCAUUCGCGCGUGGGCUGGUGACCUGAACCAGCUCAAUACACCUGCGCUUUUGGACGAGACGGUGGCAGCCAUCAUGUCGGCCGCCGCACGAUACUUCCCCGAGCUCUCGACGCAGGAUGCGGCGCGCAUUAUCAUGGCCGACAUCAAGGCCGAGUCCGACUUUGACACCAACAAUGUCUCUGGUGGUCGGCUUGAUUCGGGCUCGAGUUGGGGUCUGAUGCAGGUCUCCCCACUCGGAUCGGGCGAGUUGAAGCUCUUUCAGCAGCAUGCUACCGUGACCAAGAACACGUACUCGUGGAAUCAGGCCUACAAUGUUACGACUACUCCGACGACUUUCGGGGCGGGAGCACUGCUGGAUUGGGACACGGGCAAGACGCUGCAGAUCAAAACGCUCAAGAACGAGGAUCUGUUCCGGCCAUGGGUGAACGUACAUGUGGCGACGUGGAUCCAGAGCAAUCUCGCAAGGACAUCCAGUCAAGACCCUUACACGUGGCCGCAGGUGUACGCCGCGAGCAAUGCUGCCCGAAGCGGUGCGAACGACAGAAAGGCUUGGUCGGCGGUCAACCAGGUGCUUGUGGGCAGCGGCUUGCCCAGGAGCUUCCUGACCGCGCUGGGAAGCUGGGUAGCCGGUCCGGCCGUCGACGGCUACGGAAGCUACACGCAGCAGGGAGACGAUGUCAGCGCGCCCUACUUCAAGAACAUCGCCCAGGGUCUUUCGGUCCUCUACGGCAAGACGAUCGCUCCCUCCUGGCUCAGCUCGCUCAACCUCCACGCCGGUCUCGUCGACUUCCACUAG